UGUCCAUACUGGCCUCGGUUACACAAUGGCAUAAUUUCUACAACACAUUCUAAAGAACAAAAUUGUAAGCUUCUGAAAAUUCUUUUUACGCACUACAACAAAAUAGGAAAUUUACCUCGGAUAUGGACCCUUACACAACAAAUAUUUUAUCUUUCUUAAACUAAAGUUAUUUCAACAGCAAUAUCCUGUUUUUCCAGGAAAUGGUUAAAAGCUCAGCUGCGUCAACUAGCGAUCGGAGAAACGCAGCAAGGCAGGCGGUUCAAAAUGGAUGCGCCUAAAGUUUCUGUUUCUAUUUCGUAAAUCGAGGCUGCUUCUUCACCCCGCUGCGUUCGUUAGCUGGUAAAAUGUCGGACAGCAUGGCGAUUUGUUAAUGUGAGGCCAACUUUUAGCGCGAGUGAAAAAAUUAUGAAAACAAACUGCACCCUCAAUCGACGGAGGGUUGGUGACUUUACAGUCCUUCCUGGUUACAGAACACUUUUUUUUUCACAGAAUGAAAUAAUUAGAUCUGGGAACGCUUCUAGGUCUCGCCUGGUGGAAUAAUUCAUUGACAAUUAGAUGUGGCUAUAACAGCUCCUUUCCAGUUGUGGCAAAUGCCUUUUGAUUCAAUCCCUUUUAAGGACUGAGCAAUGCCGUAUUUCAAGAGGAAAAAAGCGAGAAGACUAACCAAAGGUCUUUUUGAGCCGGUAUCUCCAGGUUCUGGAACAUUCCAGAAGCGCAUUCUCCCCGUGCUGCAGAACUCGUACUUGGACGCGAAGUCUAGGGGCUGUUUUCGAUACAGCGGCACCCAGCUGGUCAACAAUGCUGCCCUGCAGAGAGAUUACCAGGCCUUCCAUGCUGAGAAGAGGGAGAGGGGAUACACAGAGGAGGAGCUGGAAGAGUCAUUUGGCUUCCUGCUGUUUGACCAGCAAGAGAAGGCUAAGAAAGUGUGUGAGAACGGACUGCGGGUUGGACAUGGAGCAUGCUCCACAUUGGGAGACCCCUCUAAAGGUGUUUAUGUCUGGAAGCACUCAGACUGCCUGGACUGCAGUUCCCUCCGCCACAGCACGUCCGGCUUCAUCGUCAUCCUGAGGCUGACCAAGGGCAGAGUGAGGCCGGUGAGGGAGAACCACACCCAGAGCUUCACCGCUCCCACCACGGGGUUUGACUGCCAUGUGGUGGAGCCAAUCAGCGAUGAGCCCACCCCCAGCUCCUUCCCUCCCGAGUGCAUGCAGUACUACCUGUACGAGCUGAGCGGGCCGGGGGAAGGCGUGGCCGCGCGUCCCAGACACGUCCUGCCGUUCGCGCUCGUGGCGUUCUCUUACAGAGGGGCGGCGCCGCGCCCGUCCGCCCCGCGGGCGACCAGCAGGUCAGAGAGGCCAAGUAAGCAGGAAGUGGAGCUUUUACCCGGUCAUAUUACUGCGUUCCAUUGGCACCCAUGGAGUGGCCAGCUCCAGAUAAAGUCUGUGGUUUACCACGUGGCCCUGAAGUCUAAUACUGAACCUGAGACCCCAGCAGCCCUCCCUGCUGUGUUGGUGGUGGACAGGGUCAUGAGCGUUUCAGCCCUAAGGAAAGUCUUACCGCCCGGCGUCUUUGAAACCCGCUUUGGCAGAGAAGUUUCCCUGGAGGGCAAGUGUUGCAGUCUGUACGAGGUGGUGACAUCACUGGCCCAAGACUCCUCAUUGGCUCUGCUGACCCUGGAGCUAAAACAGAAGGAACUGGCCCUCGUGCUGCAGUUGGACGGCUGCGGGUUGCUUGUGCUCUUGAGCUCCUCGAACUUUCUGACGUAUCAAGACCCUCUGUUAGGAAAGACGGAGAUUCUCCUGGCCAUGUUUGUGUUUCCGGACUCAGCUGUGCAGAAAGGUUUGGAGAUCCAGAGAUCCAGGACUUCCCUUUCGCGAAACGUGCUGCAGGUCCUCCCAGGCCUGAACUACGCCGAGUCUGAGAUUGAGAAGUGUCCUCCAAAGCAGCAGGGGUCACUCUGUGAUCUGGUGGAGCAGCACCUGCAAAGUUAUGCCACCGUAAAGCCGCCAAGGAUUCCUGACAACCCCUCCGACGAGGCUGGUCAGCUUCAAGAACAGUAUGACGCACCAGAGACGCUAAGCCACUGCAAUAGUGCCCCCAAGUGUGGGGCGGUGGCAUUGCAGCGCCUGCAGGGCUAUCUGGGCCAGCCAGAGGCCUAUGCCCUGCCUGUGGUCAAAACUAUGGAGCUGUUGGCAGUCAGAGGGGAGGAGCGAGGAGACGAUGCCUGCUGUUUUCUCCCGCCUCUGGAGGAGAUCCCGCCAGGGGGUGCCAAUGCGGUGACUGAGGACCAUGGGACGCCUGGCGCUGCCGCGUUGACCUGCGCUAAGCCUCGCUCUGAGGCACUGGGGACUCCGACCGUGCCCAUGUCGGGUGAUCCGCCCAUGGACCACAACUUGGUCAUCAUCAGGGAGGGAAGAGUUUGGACAUCAGGCCUCGUGGCCAAAAGCAUCGUCGAGCGUCGAGGGAGCGCUGCUGAGUCCACUGGUACGGUCGGAUUUCCGUGUGUGCAAAGCCAGCUAGCAGUCAAACCUGCAACCUCAAAGAGGCGGAGCAGUAAGAGGAAGAAGGUUUCACAGCCUGCCAAUCAGAAGAGCCUGGGCCAAGGUGGUGGGAUUGAGGGCCAGCCGGUUAUGGCUCUGCCGCUCCCUCCAAAGAGGAAGGGCUUUGGGUAUGGCCUCAAAACCAUCAUCACAGACUGUGGCAGGAUGUUCAUCCCCCACGGCUCAGAGAUCCUCCCCAGGGACAUUGCAUCACUGGCUGAGAGGCAGAGGGUUGUGACUCUCUCGACUGAGGAAAUGGGGUCUGCUGGAGCGCCAGCCGUGCCUGCCGAAACAGCUGACCAACCGACCCCGAUCACAGUAUCAGCUGACCAACCGACCCCAAACACAGUAUCAGCUGACCAACCGACCCCAAACACAGUGUCAGCUGACCAACCGACCCCAAACAGUGAGACAGCUGACCAACAAGCUCCAUCCAUGCAUCCAGCUGACAGACUGGAGACGGGGUUACCAGUGGUCUCUCCUCCUGCAGAAGACAAUAAUAUGAACAACAGUGAGACCAAAAUAAUUCCCGAUAAAAUUAAUGCAGGUGAAAUUCAAGGGUCCAAAGCCUUAAUAUCGUUCAAGGAACUGAGAACAGUUAUUCAACAUAUAAAAAGAAAAUUGAAAUGUCCAGAUCAGAUGUUGGACAAUUUUGGGGGCAGUUUGGCUGAUGAUGAACCUCAACAGAAGAAGAGCAAGAGCAACAGUCCCGUGGCCAACGAGACGCAGGGCUCUAAAAUCAGCUGUAGAAAGGACGUUUCCCCAAAGGGAGCAAACGUCCCGCAGCUGUGUCCCAAAAUGACAGACAGCCCCGGUUCAGACCCAACACUGUUGGGAAAACCGCAGAGGACAGAUGGACAGGAUGGGGCACAACCAAGGAGAACCUCUCCCAGGAGGCUGGACCUCCCAAAGUCCUCCCUGCCGCCUGAACAAACACUGAAGACCCAAGCUCCGCCCACCACCCCAGCAAAACCAGUGAAGCUCAAGCCAUUCAAAAAACAACUGAGAAGCAGGAUUAUUGACAGCACCACAGAGAAUGACUCAUUGAAUAGCGACAGUCCUGCUUCCCAGUACAGUGCAGCGAUAGGCCAGUCCCAAGAGUUUAAGCCCGAUGGGCACCGGGUGUCCCCGGGUGGGGUAUGCUCAGGUGGGGGGAGCCCUGUUCCCGAGCAGGGUUCCACCAGUGCUGGCCAGCCUGCUGACGCUCUCACCUUGCUAGCUGAUUUGGCCCUCAGUUCCAGUAGUGACAAUUCUCCAACAGACCUCAGCCCGGCCCUGGAGUCAGAUCCCUCGGCAAGAGACGGAAGUCCUGCCAAGCGGCCCCUCCCCCUCAGGUCUCCUGCCCCUGAGGGCCUGGUGGUGAGCGGGGAGCUUAUUUCGAUCAUCUCCUUGGAGCACAAUUACUCAGCGCCCCCCUCCUGUAUGCUGGGUUCGAUGGGUGGGCCCCGACAGCUUUCCCUCCAGAGCGUUGCGGACACCUCGCCCCCAUCUGCCCAACCGGGCCCUCUGGGUCAGGACAACACAGACCAACUGAAUGUAACAAAUCGUUUGCCCGGCAACCCAUCCCCGCAGUGCCCAGCUGCAGAACGGCGGAAGCGGGGUUCAAAAUGGGCCCGGGACAUUGUCCAAGUGGGUGAAACAAUCCGUGUGACGCGACCGUGGAAAGACGAGUACAAGUUUGGUCCCGACAGCAAGUACACCAAUGAACCUGUGGUAAAGGCUGUCAUGCGGGCCUUGCAUGGGCCGUGGGAUUUCGGCAUCGAGGACACUACGGAACAGUCGUGUCUGAUCCUGCACACUUGGAUCGGCCUGUUCUACAGCAGGUCCACCACCAGGUUCUUCCAGACAGAUCUGAACAGGCCCCUUCUGGAGGGCCGCCCCCUCGCUUUGAAGGCCCGAAGGAAGUCGCGGACUAAGGAGGCGACGCCCACCGGGUUGCCCGACUCCGAGGUUCUUCAGGACGCUGCUGAGAUACAGCGCUGUGCUCCGCCUCCUGCUGCUCCUCCACCUCCGGAGGAGGAGGUUUUGGACCUGAGGGAGGCGAGCAAGAAAAUGGCGGAUCCCCCGCAUCCUUUGCCGGCGGUGUUGGAUCUGUCACGGAAACGUUCGGAGGCUUUGGACCUUUCCAAGCACAGCAGUGAGACAUGUCCUCAUGGCAGCAACCAGAGAAUUUUACCAAAAAAUUCUGUGGUCCCUUUACCGCCCCCAACACUGUACAACUGCACCUACAUGUAUGCGGUCCCCUUUCCCUCUGCAUACUCCCAGUUCAUUCGCAAGGAGUACAGAUCAAGCACUGACAACAUGUCAGAUGAUGGAGGCGAACAGAGAGAUGAUGGCAGCAUUUUGCAGGAAGACGAUGGCGAGGAGAACUACGACUCUGGGUUCCAUCAGCCCUUGAGUAAUGAUGAUAUUUACGCUCAGAUGUGUGAGCGCACUGCAAGUUUGCGCAUCAGCAGAGACACAUUAUUCAACGGGACACACAGAGUUGUGAGACAAAUGAGUGAUGGGACCUUGCGUUCUCACUACCCUUUGCAGUCACUUGACAUAGAAGUGAACAGGAGGACCAAGAGGACUAAAGAAGGCUCUCCCUGCAUACAGCCAUGCAGGCUUUCCAAGGUCUGCUGCACAGCAGCUGAAACACUUCAGCCAAUCAACAUCUGCCACACAACAGCUGAAGUGCUACAGCCAAUAGGUGCCUCCGACCAUGAAUCCGAAGGAACUGUUGUUACAGACGGGGGUGAUGGGAGUGAUUUCAAUAAAGGGAAGGAACUCACAGCAGUGCAUAAUGGGAGUGAUUUCAGUAGAGCAGAAGCAUGCACAGCAGUGCAUGAUGGGAUGGAUUUCAGCAAAGAGGAGGCAUGCACAGCAGUGCAUGAUGGGAGUGAUUUCAGCAAAGGAAAGGAAAACACAGCAGUGCAUGAUGGGAGUGAUUUCAGUAAAGAGGAUGCAUGCACAGCAGUUCAUGAUGGGAGUGAUUUCAGUAAAGAGGAUGCAUGCACAGCAGUGCAUGAUGGGAGUGAUUUCAGUAAAGAGAAGGCAUGCACAGCAGUGCAUGAUGGGAGUGAUUUCAGUAAAGAGGAUACAUGCACAGCAGUGCAUGAUGAGAGUGAUUUCAGUAGAGCAGAGGCAUGUGCAGAAGUGCAUGAUGGGAAUGAUGUCAGUAAAGAGGAUACAUGCACAGCAGUGCAUGAUGGGAGUGAUUUCAGUAGAGCAGAGGCAUGUGCAGAAGUGCAUGAUGGGAGUGAUGUCAGUAAAGAGGAUACAUGCACAGAAGCACAUGAUGGGAGUAAUUUCAGUAUGGAUGAAGAAUUCACAGCAGCGCAUGAUGGAAAUGACAUCAUUGAAGGGGAGGAGCACAAAGUAGUCUGUGAUUUAAUUGAAAUGCAUGAUGGAAGCAAUGGCAGUGGGGAAGAGAUGCCUACAGCAGUAUUUGAUGACAGGAGAGAUUCAGUUACUGAGUUGCAAACAGCACUUUCUAAUGGGGAUAAGUCCGGCAACGUCAUUGACGUGGGGGAAAGCGCCAGUGAAAAUCGAAGUCCUACCCCUACGCUCGACGAAUUGCCUUACGAGCUCAACCUCUGUCUAAGUGACAGCCAAAGUGGGACUCCUGUGUAUGACUGCUUAAAGAGGGAAGCACGUGGGAGUAGAAGUGAUACGCCAACGCAGGAUGAGUUACCUGGCGAGCAUGGAUCUUACAGGUACGACCACUUCUCUGUGCCGACAGGAGAUCUGUUGAGCAGCAGGGUUGAUCCUGUUGGCUCAAACAGCGAGGCUGAUUCCUCCGCUUACCUGCCUCAAAGUGCUAAUAUACCUUGUCCCAGCAGCAUGCGCAUGAGCCCACCAAGAGCACCGUCCUCUCUGGAUAAGCCAUUUUCCUGCAGCAGCCCUGUUUCACCCCAGGUUUCAGAGGAGAGUCGGGAGCCCCAGCCUCUCUCUGAAGACACACCCAACCUCAACAGUAGCACAUCCUCUGAAGAAGUUUCAGUCUGCUCAGAACCCAAGUCCAUUAAGGCCACGCAAUUCUUCAGGCCUCACAGCUGUGAAGAACUAUGCACAGCUAACGAAGAAGGCAUUACCAUAUCGAAAGAGACAGAUCUUCCUCAGAGUUUGGACUCGCCGCGCAGGAAUCGCGAAGCUGUUAGCCAAAGCGAACCUACGGCAGGUAGCCAGAGCCCCACACGCAGUGAGCUCAGCCUUGGUCUCAGCUGCAGCCAGGUGUCCGAAGCCAACCCUCAGCAUGAUUCUAUUCUUCCAUCGAAGGAUGACUCAGCAAUUUGUGACAUUGAGCCAGCCGAUAAUGGCAGCGAAGUCAUGACUGCUGAGGAUGAUCACGGUAGCGAUCCACUACGGUCUUUCGACGCUGUCCUCCCACCCAGUCCUUACAGUAGGAUUAGCCCUGCAGAGAUCUCUCCGUCCCGUGCAGCCAGUGACGGCACCUCUUCAGAGGGCCCUAAAGCCCUUGAGGACUUCCAGCAGAGUCCCCAAAGCACGUCAUCAGACAGCAAAGAUGUAAACUUACUAAACAGUAGCUUAGAAGUGGUUCCAAAUGGUAAGCUCCAUCUUUUGAAGCAGAACUCUGACUAUGAACCAUGUCACUCAGUAACCAGUUCCCAAAGUAAGUUACAGGCUGAUUGUUCGCAUCAGCCACACCAACCUUUUUCAGAUGGGAAGGAUAUACCUGCAGAUGAGUUACUCGACCAUUCCAAACCCAUCUGCCAGACCAAGCGCAGUGACUCUCCACCUGGCUCUGGUUCCGACAGCGCUUGUCCCUCAAUGGUAGGCUCAGUUUACAGCGAACAUGAGAUUACGGGCACCUCUGCUCCCGUAGGAAGCUCACAGCACGUUGAUCGAAGUUACAAAAAAAGCAUCAGUCCUGCGUCUUGCAGGUCCCACACGCCUGCCGAGCGGCUGGGCGAAUCCGGCAGGGCUUGCGGAAGCCAGGAGCGCCAAGGAGGAAGUGACGCCAGCCUGGCAACGGACAGAGGGAAAACGAGAAGCCCUGUAAGUAUGGAGGAGUCCUCUGAUCCUGCUGCUCAACACACGGCAACAGAGGGCUUCAGUGAAAGCUAUGCCCUGAAAGAGGAAAAAGACGAGGAAGGGUAUAAUAUGAUGGGGGACAGAGAGAGUGUGAGCUCUGGAGACUUCUCUGAUGCUGUUACAGGAGAGGAUGCGGGAGGAAGUCCCGUUGGUGAGGAUUCUUCUGACGAAGAGGAAAUUGAUGAAGCGUUGGACUACAGCAAGGCUGGCCCACUUAGCCUCUGCUCUGCUCGGAGUGAAGGGACACGCCGGAGCUGGGCCUCGUGUUCAGCUCCCCACAAGGUAAAGGACACUGCAGAAAGGGAACGGUCUUCUUAUUGUAGAGGUGGGAGAAAAAGUGCCAGUCAAGAUUGUGUGCCGAUGGAAGAGGAGGAGGAGGGUGAAAGCUCAGUUGUCAGACCAUCCAUCUUCACUGUGUUGGAUUGCCAAGGAAACCGAAGGACUUACGAAAACUACCCCAUCACCAAAACGGUGUGGAACGAGCCCGUCGGGGCUGCUCAGAACAGCGGCGCGGGGAGCAGUCACCUGCUCGGCUUCCUGCAGAAAUGGGUGGAGCCUCAACACGCGCAGCCCGACCUCACCCAGUCCUCCCUGGACCUGCAGUACCUCAUGUUCUCCGAAAAAAUGAACCAGAUUCUCAAGAAGCACCAGCCGGAUGCCGAACGCCGCGGUUCCGCACACCGCUACCCGUGGCGGCAGCGCUCCUCGGCCGACGUGGACAGCGCCCCCUGUGGCAGCCCUGCGACAUUGCAGUUUCCCGGCCCUCGGGACUGCAUCUCAGAGGAGCCCACCAGCAAGCGGAGAUUAAAGAGGGAUAAGCGUGAACGCGUGGGGCUUCAAGCUCCCGAAGCCAGCCCUAGCUGCUACCCUAUAGAUAGUGAAUCGCCCCAGUGUCUCAGGAGGCUGACUCAUUUCAAUAGCUUUCCCGAGUCCUGUCCUGCGGUCUCGAACAUCGCCGUCGAGUGCGCCCAGUCGUACCGGGCCAUGAUGAACGAUGUCUGCUCGGGGAAGCAACCCCAGCAUCGACCCAGCAGGCUCCAGAGGGAAGGGACCACACAGCCGCACAGAAAGGACUCCUGUAAGCAGAUAAAGGAAGUCUGUGCCAUCAGCCCACACCGAAACCUCAACGCUGCCAACAGGCUGUCCUACAAAGACAAGUUCAGGUUCUACAUCUUGGUGACAUCUACAGACGCCUUCUUUGAACAGACAAGGGAGCUGUUAGAGGCGGAGGGUCACGAGAGUGUGGAGCCCGAUCAGUUUGACCUCGAGAGGCGAAGCUCUGCCUCUGCCCUCCUGGUCAUCCUGCGGAACGAAGACAUCGCCGAGCACAUCAGCAGGAUUCCACGCCUGCUGGAGCUGAAGAGGACCCCCGGAGUGCUGUUUGCCGGGGUGGACCGGCCCGAUGACGUCCUCAACCACACGCAUCAGGAGCUGUUCAGAGAGGGGGGGUUCACCGUGUGUGACGCAGACGCGCUGCGCUCCUUCACUUUGGGUGAGCUGCAGAGGCUGGUGGGGCUGCUGGAGGAGCUGAGUGAGAGGAGCCGGUGGAAGUGGCUGCUGCACUACAGAGACGAGCGAGAGCUGAGGGAGGGGGCCAGGUGGAGCUCGGGGGCACGGCGUCUGAAGCAGGUUGUGGACCGUUGCCAGGAGGCGGGGCUUGCGGAGGUCAUGCCGUAUCACGAGUGUGAUGUCAUCUCUCGAGCCCGGCCCGACUACCUGAGCUGCCUCCUUCGUCUGCAGGCUCAGCGCGCCACAGUCCGCUUUCCCGUCUUCAUCACUGACACACCUGAAGUUUCGUUUGAGAAAUGUGGGAUUUUAGCCAUGAACCUCAACACCUUUUCACCCGUUCACCUUUCCCUGAACUCUGCUGCUCCAGUUGAUUUUUAAGAGCACAACCUGUAUUCAACUUCAGCAUAGUUACUUAUACCAUUCACCUUACCGUGCCUUUUGAUUUCCCCUGUUGUAAAAAGCAAGAUUUGUUAAUAUUUAUGUUGAUUAUAUAUUUUAUUCUUUUUACCUGGUUAAUAUCAGGCAGGAAAGGGCAACUGUUUAUUUGGCAUAAUGUUGGUUUUAUCCGGGUGUGUGUACCUGCGGCAGUGCUAAAUUGUACAUGUGUUUUGUUACUGUGAAGGACUUCUCUACAUAGUUUUUUUUCACUAAUGUACAGGGUACCAGGGUAUUUUUAUAAAACAUUACCAAAUCUGAGGUACGGACAAGGGAUCAUAUUGGUAUUGUUCAUUUGGCUACAAGCCAAGUUUCUCCUGCAAUAUAAUGUGUUUCUUGAAAGAGUUCUGUGAUCUAAUUCACACACAUUUUUUAGUUCAGUGUACUGUAAUUUCACAGAUAUUUAUUUUUUACAUCUUACAGAAUUCAUGUUGCUGUAAAUAAUUUGCUAGCCUGCAGUUAGGAAAAAAUGUGCACUUUUGAGCACCAGGAUGUGCUGAUUGGACACUCACCUGUAAGUGGCUGAAAACAUCUGAUUGGAUGGAAUAAUAACCAAUGCGCAGAAACGACUGCACCUGAUUGGACGGGUGCACUUCAUCACCUGAGGAGUCGAUCGUUUGUGCUGCUGCAUGGGUGAUGAUGUUCUCUGUGGGUGUCACGUACUACAUUUUGAAUGCACACCAUGGGGAUUAUUUACACAGCUGUCCACAGGUGUGGGGCCUUCUGUUCCCUGUGGUGUGUACGUCUGAUGCUUCUGACAGGGGAAAUCACUUGUGUGUGUUUUUUCUUUCUCGCUGUGGAUGUGCCCAGGACGCUCAGGUCCUCUGUUUCACUGGCAUGUCGGUGAUAAAUAUAGUACAUGUUCGAAAACUUGGGGA